AUGAAGGCUUAUAGGGCAGCUGCACGCAACGCAGGCACUUCUCUUACAGCCCAGAGAUGCGCUGCUGUAGCUCGUCGUUACGCCAGCUCCGGGCCUCGCCGGGCUGGUGAUAGGUCGGGCAUGGGCAAGGGAAAGGCAUUGCUUCUGACCGCAGGAACUGCUGGUGUCCUUUACUAUGCCGACGACUACUUCAACGGACCCCUGAAGCAAUACUUUGGCUCCGAGGUUGAAAAGGAAUCACCCGACGUGCGGAAGCCAAAGUACCAAAAGGCCGAGAUCAAGUUUGAGGAGGCGAGGAAGGCGGCCCAGUCAAAGGAGGAGAACCGCGAUCUCAUUAGCUCGCAGCAUCUCCAGGUCAAGCAGAGCUGGGAGAACCCGGGCGUGUAUGCCUGGGGAAGCAACGUUGGCAAAGUGAUUGACCCACAAUCAAAGGAGACUCUCGUCAAGCUCCCGAGACGGAUCAAGUAUUUCGACGGCCAGCUGCUGAGGGACAUCAAACUGUGUCAAGAUUUUGGCGCUGCUGUCACGGAGAAGGGCGAUCUCGUCCAAUGGGGCCUGGGCUUCUCGAAUACUGAUCCUUCGCCCGUCGAGACGCUCAAGGGCAAAGACAUUUCCAAGAUUUCCAUCUCCAACGACCGCAUCAUCGCACUCACCUCCAGCGGAUCAGUGUACUCGGUCCCAGCAUCAAAGACCGGCCUCGCAGCAGGAAAGCAGUUACAGCAGCCUCAGCAGUCAUCAUCAUCCUGGAUCCCCUUUUGGAGCUCACCCGAAUCUCAGUCCGUCAAGGCUAGAGACCUGACCCCCAAGAACCUCGCCUGGGGUGAGAAAGUAACAGACAUCAGCAGCGGUCUCCAGCACAGCCUCCUCCUCACCUCAAAGGGCCGCGUCUUCUCCGCGGCCUCGAGCACGGCAGAGUACCCCUCCAAGGGCCAGAUGGGCAUCCCCGGCCUGAGCUGGACGUCCCGCCCGGCCGGCCCCUUUGACCAACCCCAGGAGAUCACCGGCCUCUCGGGCUUCUCCAUCGCCAAGAUCGCCGCCGGCGACUUCCAUUCCGCCGCCCUUGACAAGGACGGCAAACUCUUCACAUUUGGUGACAACACGUACGGCCAGCUCGGCCUGCCGGCGGACCAGGGCUACCAGAGAGUCGACGUCCCUUCCCUCCUCCCAACCGCCAAACUCUACGCCAACACGGGCCUCGUCCCUACGAUCACUUCCAUCUCUGCCGGCGGCAACAACACCUUCUUCACCGUAGACGCCACCGAAGUCGUCAACGAGAACCCCUUCGCACCAGCAGCGUCCGUCACCGGCGACAUCGCCCCCGCCCGCCGCAUGCCGCGCGUCACGGCCGACUUCUGGGCCUGCGGUCAGGGCGUCUACGGAUCCCUAGGUACCGGCAAGUGGACGCACGUUACCCCGGGGCCAGCAAAAGUGAAGGCCCUCUCCUCACUCUUCGAGUUCGACGAAAAGGCCAACCGCAUGGCCCCCAUUCGCCUCGCCAACGUCUCUGUCGGCGCGACGCACGUCUCGGCGACCAUGGACAACGUCACGCGGACGGGCGCGACAACGCGGUCCUCGGACAAUGACACCAACUGGGGCGCCGACGUGCUCUUCUGGGGCGGCAACGAGCACUACCAGCUCGGCACGGGUAAGCGCAGCAACCUCAAUGCGCCGGCGUACAUUGGCGCCCUGGACGGUGGGGCAGGGGACGCCGUCAACGGUCGCGGGGGCGAGGUGCACCGGUUCCAGCUCACGCCGCGGCAGACGGUCCGGCUGGGUAAGGACGGCAAGGGCAGGAAGGUUAGUCUGGAGCAGAGGGUGGAGUGUGGGCGGUUCGUGACGGCCGCGUACUCUGCUGUUUGA